GCUCGUGGGCUCAGACGAGGCUCCGGCAGCACCAUGAAGGCAAGCGGCCCCCUCCUCGCCCUGGCUCUGCUCGCCCUCGCGGCCCAGAGGCCCUCCUCGGCCAUCAGCGCAAGCGAAGCCAAGGAAGGCUACUGCUACAACGUGCCGCCCUUGGCGGACGUCUUUGAUGAGAAGGACUGCAGCGCCUGCUCCCAGAACGACUCCUGCUCCACUUGCGCCACGGACGCCCAGUGCCCGGGGACCCAGAAGUGCUGCCCGGGGAAUUGCGGCUACAUCUGCCAGGAAGCCGUCUUUGACUUCUGCCAGCUGCCCUCUGUCUGCGGCAACUGCAAAGCCAUGUUUGCACGCUACUUCUACAAUGCCUCCACCCAGAAAUGCGAGCAGUUUGUCUACGGUGGCUGCGGUGGAAACAAAAACAACUUUGAGACUGAAGGCGAGUGUUUCAGAACCUGCGGCUACCCCGGUACCUCGACCUAG